UGCGUAAUGGACUGACGGUUCCAACACCGACAGUUUUUUCCAAACAACGUUUCCAAACGGACGCCCCAACGCAAUAUACUGCAGCAGCGAGAGUCCUCGAGCUAAUUCAAAUAAAGUGUUAGUUAAACAUUGAGCCAUACAAAUUUUGUAUCAUAUUUUUAAAUGUAAAUUUACUUGCUGCUCUUCAUUAAUUUGCGCGGGUGUAAUUACACGUUUGUGUAAGUGUGUGUGUGUCAAGGAUUACGGAAAAAUUGUAACUGUUUUGUGGGAGCAUGUGUGUGCGCUUUGUGGAGAACCCCAAAGGUUAUUAACAAAUUCGGACCCCAACAAAAGAUGUAGAGCACAACCCGAACAAGGAAGAAGAAGUCCAGCAGCAGCGAGAAAAUCCCGGGGAAUCCCAACCGGUGACAGGCAAACGCUCUCCAUUCACCAGGAUGUCGUUCAAGCUAUUUCGCCGAGGAUCGGCGCGCUGCAUCGGCUUGCUUUCAGCGUUUGUGACCAUCCUGCUCUGCCUCUACUACAUCUCGAUUGGCCAACCCAACCCAACGCCCAUUUCCGAGACAGGUGCUCCAUCGGCAGCGUUACGGGGAUCACCACUCAACGGAUUAACUGGAUUUAGCGUGGGCGGAGGCUCCUCUUCGAUUUCCCACCAACAAAAGCUGCACGCCGGCAUUGUUUCGAAUCAGAAGAGAUCCUCGGAAACGAAGGCAGCGCAGGCCACAGGACCUGCCGAGUCCCAAUCGGAGGAGGAGUACGUGAACACCAAAUGGGGUGAUAAGUGCUAUGAGUUGCUUCAGAGCAACACAAACAUUACUGCCAGCGAGGAGCACAGUAAAUUCGAUUUUCAGCCUGAAUGGAUGCGCUCGAAGGAAUACUGGGAUCGUGGCUUUGAGGAGCGCUUCGAUGCCCAGAAGAAGGAUAAACAACGACCACCACUGAAGAUCAUAGUGGUGCCACAUUCGCAUAACGAUCCCGGCUGGCUGAAGACCUUCACCAACUAUUUCCAGUCGGACUCCCGGCAGAUCCUCAACCUGCUGGUGACCAAGAUGCAGGAGUACACGGACAUGACGUUCAUCUGGUCGGAGAUCAGCUUCCUGCAGCUGUGGUGGGACCAGGCGCAUCCCACCAAGCAGCGGGCGCUUAAGCGACUAAUUGACGCGGGUCGCAUCGAAAUCACCACCGGCGGAUGGGUGAUGACUGAUGAGGCGAAUGUCCAUAUUUACCCAAUGCUGGAUCAGCUCAUCGAGGGUCACCAGUGGCUGAAGAACAACCUGAAUGUUACGCCGAAAGUGGGAUGGUCCAUCGAUCCCUUUGGACACGGCAGCACGGUGCCGUAUUUGCUGUCUGGAGCGAAUUUCGAGGGAGCCAUCAUCCAGAGGAUUCACUACGCCUGGAAGCAGUGGUUCGCCCGCCAGCAGUCGGGUGACUUUAUCUGGAAACCCUAUUGGAGGGGCAGAAAUGGAAAGGAUAGCGAAACGGGCAGUCUGCUCACCCAUAACAUGCCCUUCGAUAUAUAUUCGAUCAAGGGCUCGUGUGGUCCGCAUCCCUUCAUCUGCCUGAACUUUGACUUCCGCAAGAUUCCGGGAGAGUACACGGAGUACUCGGUGAAGGCGCAGUUCAUCACGGACGACAAUCUGGAGUCCAAGGCGCAACUUCUGCUUGAGCAAUAUGCCAGGACUGCCUCGCUGUUUCCACACAAUGUGGCCCUCAUCCCAGUGGGCGAUGAUUUCCGUUACAACAAGGAUCGCGAAGUGGAUCAGCAGUAUCAGAACUACAAGAAGCUAAUCGAUCACAUCAUGGCCAAUAAAAGGCUGUAUAAUGCAGAUAUCCGUUUUGGAACCCCAAGCGAUUAUUUCGAGGCCAUCAAGGAGCGCAUGAAGGAUCACAAUCCUGGUUUUCCCAGUUUCAAGGGUGACUUCUUUGUGUACUCCGACAUCUUCUCGGAGGGAAGACCAGCAUACUGGUCAGGUUACUUCACCACACGUCCGUUCUAUAAGCUUCUGAGUUCCGAGUUGGAGCAUCAACUUCGAUCCGCGGAGAUUGCAUUCACCCUGGCUUACAAUACUGCUCGUCAGACAAAGCGAGAGAAUGCGAUCAAGAUUUACGAGAAGAACUACGAGCUGAUCAUCAAUGCCAGGCGGAAUCUUGGACUCUUUCAGCACCACGAUGCCAUUACUGGAACCUCCAAGGCGGCGGUGAUGCGGGACUAUGCGAUGCGACUGUUCGAGAGCACCCAGAACAUGGUCAAGAUGCAGGAGUCCUGCCUGGAGUUGUUGCUCCAGAAGGGUCAGCCUAGGCAUCACGGCUUCCUGAUCAGCGAAUUCGAGCGGGAUAACUUCAACAAGCUGCCCCGCAAGAUGCCCAUUCAGAUGGCCAACGGGGACGAGUCCGCACCCACUGUUUCGGGUGGUGAAGGUGGAGCGGGUGGAUCAGCAUCUGCAGGAUCUGUUGGCAGUUUUGUCCUUUACAAUUCACUGGCUCAGAAGCGAUUAGAAAUUGUAACUCUGCGCGUUCAGCAUCCCAAUGUGAAGAUCCUCAACCACAAGGGCGUGGAGUUGAGUCACAUCCAGAUCAACCCAGUGUGGAACAUCACGGAUACCUAUGAACAGGGCCUGGGGACAUCCGUUUCCGGAACAGUGGGACGCAUUCGUACAUCGACGCGCCAAUUCGAAGUGAUGUUCGUGGCUGAGCUGGAACCCCUAUCCCUCAUCACGUUCCGCGUCCAGGUGGAUGAGGUAAACUUCAAGCGGAACAUCGCGACCAUCUACUGUGACGAUUGCACGGAAACAUCUGCAGUGAGUCCCCCGGAGGAAGUUGAAUCUUCUCCGUCUCCAGUUUUUGCAGCGCGGGCCAAGCCAGCAGGUGACAUCCAGUUGGAAAAUCCCCACAUGCGCCUGCUGUUCGACGAAAAGAGUGGCUUCCUCAAGACCAUCACACGUAAAAACCAGAAGAAGGAGCUCCUGAAGCCGCUGCAGUGCAACAUCAAGUUUGCAGCCUAUCGUAGUGCCCAGUUCCACUCGGGCGCAUAUCUCUUUAAGACCGAUCCCGAGCAGAGUGAAGCCGAGAAGGAGGUGCUGGAGGGCUACACGGAUAUGCGGAUCAUCAUCACCUCAGGACCGAUAGCCAGUGAUGUAACCGUCAUCUAUGGACCCUUCUUGGCCCACACAGUGCGCAUUUUUAACACCAGAACUCACCUGGAUGCGGCUAUUUACGUAGAGAACGACAUCGACUUUGAACCGCCACCCAAAAAUCGGGAAACGGAGCUCUUUAUGCGGUUGGUUACCAACAUAGAUAAUAUCGCUCAAGCUCCGCUGCAGCGGGAUCCUCUCAAGGAGUCGGCGGAUGCGGCUACCAUGCCCGAACUGCCCAUCUUCUACAGCGAUCAGAACGGUUUCCAGUACCAUGAACGCAUUAAAGUGCCGGCAAUUGGCAUUGAGGGUAAUUACUUCCCCAUCACUUCUGGUGCUUUUAUCCAGGACACACGACUUCGCCUCACACUGCUGACCACCCACGCUCAAGGAGCAGCUAGUUAUGAGCCAGGUCAACUGGAGGUGAUGCUGGACAGGCGCACCCUGUACGACGACUAUCGUGGAAUGGGCGAGGGCGUCGUAGAUAGCCGGCUGACUCGUCACAAGUUCUGGCUGCUGGUGGAGGAUCUCCCUGGUGGUCAGCACGUUACCCAGCCGCCCAGCUACAAGGUGCUCAGCCAGCAGGCACAGCAACUGGCCAAUGCACUGCGAUACCCGCCGAACCUUUACUUUGUGAGCAGCCUGGAGCAGCCAGAACUUUCCGCUGCUUUGUUGCCCUUGGUCAGGCUUUUGCCCAAGGGAGCGCUGCCCUGCGACGUCCACCUGACCACCCUGCGCACCCUCUCUGAUCCGGAGCUGCAGCUGUUUCCGUCCGCCUCGGCGCUGCUAGUUCUGCAUCGCCAAGGAUUCGAUUGCAGCGUCAGCGCGGGCAGGGAGUUGUCCAUGGAGGCCCUGUGCCCUCUGUCCAGCAAGGGAUUGGGCAGCGUGCAGCUCGGUCGGCUGAGCCUCCAUACAAUCGAGGCCACCAGUUUGACGGGGACGGAGCAGAAGCCUUCGAAGGACAGCUUCCACAUACGCUCCCUGGCCGAAAUCAGUUUGGAGCCCAUGGAACUGCGCACCUUCAAUCUUACAUUUCGCCCGGAGGUGUGAGCCGGCUUGAAGCUCAUUUAGCGGAAAUAUUAAUUGUAUUUAUUUGUGGUUUAGUUUGAAUAGUUAGCGGUAAGCGCCAAGUGCAAAGUUCUCAGCUUUAUUUAGUUCUCGUCACGUCUACUGUCUGUCUCCAACAGUUUUGAAAGUACAAAGCACACGACAUAGUUAUAAACAAACGGAAGGGUGGGUGGGUUCAUUAAUUUGUUUAAUUAUAUAGAAAGAAAGUUUAUGAACAGUUCUGAGCAUCCAUGAGUUAUCCAUGGACUCUUUUUUAUCUCAUGACACCUUUGUUUUUUUAAGUAAACUGGUCGACCCAUCCGAAAGCAUACAUGAAGACAAACCAACAGCCUGACUCAAUGCAAUAGGCCAAAACACCUAACUCGACUGCCCAGUGCAACGCAUUCCGGUUAGCUAAUCUCCCCUAGCUUCAUUAUUGAAAUAUUCGUGCAAUAUUCUUGAACUAAACCGCACUUUGGAAAUGAUAUAGCUUAGAUUAAGGACUAGCUUCAUUUUAGAUGGAAAUAUUUAGACAGCAAAUUAGAAAAAUUUUCAUUUUCGUUUGCGCGAUUGGCGUUCACAUCGAUUUGUUUAGACUGAUUAGCCUAAAACCUUUUUGCGAAAUUGGCAUGUAUUAUUAAUCUCAAUUACGAUAACCAAUCCUAGCCCUAAUCCAGAACUAACCAAAACACGGAAAUAUCUCGAUUGUAAAAUCCCCAAAUAUAAACAAGUGUAUGUAGGCUAUAAGUUUUAAACGAGAAGCAUAGUGGGGUAGAGAAAGUAUAAGCCAAAUAUAACAUUACAUUCACUAGCAAUAUUGUACAUAGUCGAAUAGGAUUUCCAGGCACGGUAAAAAUAGCUCUAAUAACCGAUAUACCACAUAGACGUAAGACCCCCUCUCAACUCUGGUAUUUUCGUAUACGAGAGUCAUUCGAAUAGUUACUACUGACUACAGAAACAAACCAUUCAAAGCAAGCAAGACAUCAACUUUAGAUAACCCAGAACGUAAGGACGAGCGAAGGACGAUAGAACACUUCUAACAGAUACAAAUUUUUUGUGUAUUUAUUUAUAAAAACCUUAUUACAUUAUAUCUAAUUUUAUGGAUACAAGAAAAUAAAGUAUUAAAUGAAACCAAUUA